CAUUUUCCACUCCCCCACUCUUUCUUCUCUCUGCAAAAAAACCAACCAACCAAAAUGGACAGUGCAACAAGAAGAGGGCCUUGUUUCCUUGACAAAAACAAUAAUUGUCUUGCCUCUGAUCUAGCUGUAAUAGAAGCUGGACCUUUAGAGAACAAUAAUCAAAAUCACAACCCAUUGAUUUCUAGGCCUCUUUAUUAUACUGCUUUACAAAGAAAAAGCAGUCUGAGGAAUCUUUCUUCCAUUUCAUCUUCUUCAAUGUCAUCACCAAGAUUGGCUAACACCAGAAGGUUAUAUGAUGCUAGGUUUGAAGAAGAACAACCCCAUUUCCUGGAAGCUUGUUUUCUAUGCAAGAAAUCACUAGGUCAUAACAGAGAUAUCUUCAUGUACAGAGGGGAUAUUCCAUUCUGUAGUGAAGAGUGCAGGCAAGAACAAAUAGAGAUGGAUGAAGCCAAUGAGAAAAAAAUGAGUCUGUCAGCUUCAAAGGCCUUGAGAGAAAAGGACCAAACAAAGUCCACUACCUCUCCCAAAAAUUACCAUUUUCCCAGAGGCACAGUUGCUGCUGCUUGAGUGAAUAAAAGCAAAAAAUAUACUACUAGGAUGAAAUUGAGGAAAAAGCUCAUUUCAUCAAUUAACUACAAACAGCAGUUAGAAAAGAGAGAGCUACAAAUGAAACAAAGCUCUUUUUUAUCUAUUCUCUUAAUUCUAGUAAAAUGAUAUGUAAAUGUGUUUUUGUUAUGUAUCAUAACGACGAUGGCUCUUUUUUUGUUGGGCUGGUCAA